AUGCCAGCUCUACCAUUCCCUCAAAAGAUGAAGCGAGAGAAACUUGACAAAUAUUUUGGGCGAUUCCCGGAGAUGCUCAGGCAACUGUAUGUGAACAUUCCUUUCACAGAGAUACUCACUCAGAUGCCUGUUUAUGCCAAGUUCUUAAAGGAAAUCCUAUCUAGCAAGAGAAAAUUAGAGGAAACAAUAGUGGUCAAGGUAAAUUCCCAUUGCAGUGCCAUCUUGCAAAAUAAAAUUCCCCAAAAGUGUGGGGAUCUAGGAAGAUUCACCAUACCAUGCUCGUUGGGGAGUGAAAUAUUCGACAAGGCCCUCUGUGAUUCUGGUGCGUUUAUAAAUUUAAUGCCUCUGUCUUUAUUCAGGAAACUGGAAGGUGAGCUUGGAGUGAUCAAAUCAAUACCAGUGUCCCUACAACUGGCCGACCAAACCACCAUUCUAUCUGAGGAAAUCAUUGAGGAUGUUUUAGUGCGGGUGGACAAGUUUUUUUUCCCCGUAUAUUUUAUUGUGGUGGAUAUGGAGGUGAACAAGGAGGUACCUGUAAUUCUAGGGAGGCCAUUCUUAUGCACAGACAGAGCUAUCCUUGAUAUCUAUGAAGGGCAGCUUAUGCUCAGAGUGGGCAACAAAAAAGUUGUGUUUCAGAUAAAGAGGAUGAUGAAAUACCCCAGUGAUGAGGGGUAUGCCUACUCGUGUUUCAAGCUGGACGUUGUUGGAGAAUUGGCUAAAAUAUACAUGUUUGACAAGCUUAUGGGGGAUACUCUAGAGAGGUGUAUUACCCAGUCUAGCACAGUGGAGGAUGAAGAUCCUGAAAUAAAAAAAGAGGAAGAAGCUCUUGAGACUGAGGAUCAAGUGGUUGAUGAGGAGGAACUAAAAUAG